CAAGGUCCAAUCUGCGGCUGAAGAGGGGGCGGAGCAGGGCAGGGGGAAGGCGGAAGAGGCCGGGGCUGCGCUGGGCUGCGCUGCGCUUUGUCAAUGGAGUCCUGCUCAAUUCGAGGGCUUCCAAUGGAGGUGUUUCCUGAAGUCAGGGCAAUCAUUGAUUUAAGCAUCUUUAAGGACAAGGAAAAUGAGGCAUUGGGUAUCAUUAAAUUAAGCAAAGGAUUUGGAAAGUGUCUAAUAGGUGUAAAAAGUUAUGAAGUUAUUGAUUCAUUUGAGAAGAUUGAUAAAAUUCAUACUGAAUUGAUGAAGCUUAAAAUUGGGCUGUCUGGAACAGGCAUUUCAAAGUACUCUGGUGCAGAAGCUGGUGCAUCCUCUGAAGCAGAGACCGCAAUGUCCUCUGAAUUGAAAUCUGCAAGGGUACCUGGUUCCAAGUUCCCAAGUUCUGCUCACAUGGAAUCUACCAGACCCUCUGGAACAGUGUCCACAAGAUCUUCUGGUGCAAAAUCUACUAAGCUCUCUGGAACAGAUGCUGCAAGAUCUGCUACUGCAAAGUAUACUGGCACAGGAUCGGCAAGGUUUCCCGAAACAGAAACUACGAUGCCUUAUGCGUCCCUGAAUUUUCCAUAUCAAGAAGCAACGGUAACAGUGAAUACAAUGAUUCUGACCUACAUUGAAGUGAUUUUCAGCAGCCAUCUGCAAAAAAUAGAGCGAGAAUUUGAUGUCUUCCAAAAAACAUCCCUAUCUGGAAAACAGACAGCUGUACAGUUCAUACAAAAUAGCAGUAAAUUACCAUGUCAUAAUGCAACAGAAAAAUUUAUCGAUCUCUAUCAAAAAAUUGCUACAAAUCUAAACAUGAAAACUGUAGAGCCUUAUCUUCUAGGAAGAGGAACAACGAUUAAACAAGUUGAAGCAUUUCUCCAAAAUCAAUUUCCAAACAUCUUGGUUAUUCAUAAUGAAACAGAACUUACCUUAAUUGGAAAUCCCAUGGAUGUUAAGAAAGCAGAAGCUGCCUUGGAUCGUAAUAAAAGACAAGAUAAUUUACAAUCAAGCUUAUCUGAAGGCAGUGCAGUAGAUUCAAACAGAAGGCAGCCUUUACUGCCAGAAUGCAAACCUGCCUCAAAUUCAGAUGUCAUGACAAGUAAACCAAUGGAUGAGGACAAAACCUGUCCUAUUUGUUUGGAAGAAAUUGAAAUAAGAGAAACCUUGAAAUGUAAACAUUCAUUUUGUAAGGACUGCAUAGAUCAGGCUUUUAAAACUAAGUCUGCCUGCCCUGUGUGUGGAGAAGUGUAUGGCGAGUUAAAGGGUAACCAACCUGAUGGUGGCCGGAUGACCCACAGGAGCAUGUCAACGCACCUUCCUGGUUAUGAGAAAUAUGACGCCAUUGAGAUACACUACGUAAUACCAGAUGGCGUUCAGGUGAAAGAGCAUCCGCAGCCCGGCCUGAAGUAUCAUGGUACAACACGUACUGCAUAUUUACCAAACAAUCCUGAGGGGAAAAAGGUGCUUAAACUCCUGCAACGAGCUUUCAAUCAAAGACUGAUCUUCACUGUUGGAACGUCUAGUACCACCGGAAGAAGCAAUGUGGUAACAUGGAAUGAUAUUCAUCAUAAAACCAGCACACACGGAGGGGCAUCAGGGUUUGGAUAUCCAGAUCCAACCUAUCUGGCAAGAGUGCAGGAUGAGUUGAAGGCCAAAGGAAUUUACUGAAAUGUGUAAUAAAUGCAACAAUUAAGUAAGAUACUAACUAGUGUGUUGUAGGUGUUGCAGCUUGUUUGACAACACUUGCAUUAGGUCAUGUAUAUUGCUACCUAACAACCAUCAUUUGUAUGCUUUAUGUAAGUAGAUAUAUGUAUGUGCUUCACAGAAAGCAUAAAUAGCAAUAAUCUUGUAUAGAAUUACAGUUUGCUGUUGUCAAAUAGAGGUUGUGAAUUAUUUGUGUAUGUUUGUGCCAAUUACUUUGUUUCCAUGUAUUAGAGUAUAUUUACAGAUAUGUAUUCAAUAGCAUUGCAGCUACUGGGACAAAUGGAACUGUAGUGGCUAAUAUGUUAUCUUUCCCACCCAUAAAGGCAUUGCUCAGUUCUGAUCCCAAGCAUAGAAAAACAUCAUCCCUCAAUUUUGUAAUUAUGAUCAGUCAGAAUUUGGUAGAGAAAGGAAAAUGAAGGCAGGCAAACAAAAGUGGUGGGGAAAAUAAAAUUAAGAGAAAAAUCUAAUUGGAAAUGCACUUGAGUUUUUUUCCACUUGCUCUCAGUGUGUCAGCAGUUCAUCGCCUCUUCCAAGAUCAUCCCAAGAAUUUGUAAAAAAAGAUGCGAUGCAGAACAGAAUACUGACUUUGAAACUGCCCUGUUGCCAAUUUGUAAUGCGGAUUGAACUACUCUGAUGUCUCAAUUAAUCACAGUAGGUAUCAUUAUUUACUUUGAAUAUGCCUGAGGGCCAGUAAAAUCGCUGUCCCCAGGAGAAGUAAAAUUAUAAUCCAGGUUGCUAUUCAAUAGUUUAAUGAUUCACAUCCCUUAGUUAUGUACCAUGAAUUUAUGACAAGUCUGGAACAACUUUACUUGGGUUUGUAGCCUGUUUCUCAGUUCCAUAUUGAGAAUGCAUUACAUAUUUCCCACCACUACUUUGGUGAUAAAACAUAGAAUUAGAAUAAUAGUUAGCUGUUAGAGUACGGAGACUCCAAUCACAUUUCUUUUUGGACUCUGAAUGAUUCUAUACUUCUGCAUUGAAUUAUUCCCAUGAAUUUACUCUUCUAACAUAUAUGUGACUGCUAGAAAGAUGUUCAGUGUUAAAGUAAUUGAAAUUAUGCUGUGUAUUAGCAAAUAAACACUUAAAUCAA